CAAAACAAAUAAAUUUUGAAAAUAUUGCUGCAAAAAUGCCUCCAGGUGGUCCAGUUACCUCUGAUAGUGACAUGGAAAGUGUCCUAUCUCUACACAACGAAAAUCCUAAAGUUCGUCGUAAUAGUGUGGGACCAAAAUACUAUUGUAAUAUAGAAGGAUGCGGACAAAGUUUUAAGCGGUUGGAUCAUUUGGAUAGACAUGAAUACAAACAUACAGGAAUUAAAAAACAUGCCUGCCAUUAUGAUGAUUGUUUGAAAACCUACACCAUAGUCACACAUUUAAAAAGACACAUACGUUCUACACAUGAACGGCAGGAACAGGAACCCAUAAAAAAUGUGCCCUGUGAGGUAGAUACUUGUGAUAAACUCUUCACCAGUAUAGGCAAUAUGCAGCGACACAUACGUGAGGUCCAUGAGAAUCCCAAAGUUUAUAAAUGUCAAUUUUGUGAAGAGAAAUUUACGCAAAAACUGAAAAUGCGUAGACAUGAGAUAAGCAAACAUACGGGAGUUUAUCCUUACAACUGUGACAAGUGCUCUAGGGGAUUUUAUCAAAAAUGGCAAUGGGAAAAACAUGAAGAAACUUGUAAAGUGUAUCCAUGUCCUACCUGUCACGAAACAUACGACAAGUGGACAUUGUUUUUGAAACAUUGCAAGGAAACCCAACAUUCACGUAAAUACUAUAAAUGUGAAUAUUGUGAUCGAGUGUAUGUUAAGCCGGGAGAACUGCAAAAACAUGUGGCAGCCAAACAUUUAGAGGAUGAAAGUGGCACAUCAGGAGCCUAUAAAUGUUCCCAUGAAGGUUGUCAGAAAUCGUAUGCUUAUGAAAGAAAUUUACGCCAACAUAUUGCCACUACACAUAAGGGAAAGAAAUUCAAAUGUACCGCACAAGAUUGUGAUAAGGAAUUUAGUUCGUUACAAAAUGUACAGAAACAUUUAAAGAGAGAUCAUUGUACAGAUGUGAGUUCUGUGCAAGAGGAAGCACCUUCCACUUCUACUAAAACAUCUCUGAAACGUAAAAAACGCAAAGAUGCUGGCAUACCAAAAGUUUCCCAUUUAGCUCAGCUUUCUGGAAUAACGGUGGAUAGAGAAUUGAAUAAGAGAUUAAAAUCUAGAGAAGUAGACGCUUUAGAAGAGGUAACAAAACAUUUGUCACAAGAAAUGGAUAUCAAUUCAGGUUCGGAAGAGGAAAUUGCAAACGAUUCAUACAAUUGCAAACAUGAUUCUAAAAUUUGUAACAAAAGUAAUGGGAUUGGAAAAAAGUCUACUUUAAAUGUAACAAAUCAAAAGGAGGAAUCAAUACUUGAAAAAAGUAAGGAAAUAAAAGAAAAUUCAACUUUAGAAAAUAAAGACGAAAUAAUGAAUGAAACUGAAAUAAAUUGCAACAAAAAUGUUAAAGAUAGUCAAAUGACCAUAACGAGAAAGUUAUCUGAUAAUGACAAGAUUGAAGAAACAGCUAAUAAUAGUCAAGAAAUGGAAAAAUUAGAGGAAACUGUUUGUAUUUAGAAGUUAUUGGAAGCAUGUACUUGUAUAAAUAUACUUUGAAUAUGUAUAACAAUUACAAAAUAUAA